AUGCCGGCUCUACGGACCAUGGGCCUGAGCGAUUCUCCCGCGUCGUCCGGGUUUGAGCUUUAUUACCGCGGAUGGCCUACAGAAUGCAGCACGGAGCCGCUGCAUACCCUUUACGGGCGUCUCGCUCUCGUGGAGAAUCAUCACGGUACGAAACCUUUAAUCCUCUUACGAAAUUCUAUCUCUCUGUAUGCAGAAGGCCAGCUAACAUCUGACUGGUCUAGGCUUGACAUAUCUCCCAUCACGAACCCCAGCGCCUCGAUAUACCUCAAUGCUACGACUCGCUCCAAUAUCUCAUCCCCUCUGCAAGGGGUGUUGAGCUUGGAUAUCUACGGCAGGAUCGCUGAGUUGGCGAGUGAUGUCCCACAACUUUAUCUCACCAGGCUAGCGCUGGACCUGAAUCAGAUACAGAAUUCACUUUCCGUCCCUCGUAUCUGUCGACAAGCUCAAAAUCACCUCAGCAUCACCUCGGACUACGAUGAUACCCUCCUUUGCCGGUCGUCCAUGCAGUAUUCUUUAAAUAAAACAGCGACAACGCCGUCUGAUAGACCAUCCUGGUGCAGCGGAUCAAGCGAUGAAGACGGAUACAAAGACGAUGAUGAUGAAGAGACCGACACCGACGAGCACUCUCCUGGUUUGUCUGGUAUUAGAUGGUCCUUGAGAGCCGGAGACAUGGCCGGGAUCGUCAUUGGCAUUGUUGUCUUCGUGGCACCGCUGCUGUAUCUGUGUGAUGAGGAGGAGCGGAGAGCGCAGUAG